ACAACGCAGAAGCUAUGCAAGUGGACCAUUCGGAAUUGAAUGACUCCACAGAUAGUGUGAAGAGUGUUUCCACUUCACCGAAGCACAACAAUUUAAAGGGUCAUAAUAACCAAUUUUCCUACAAGGUGUCGACUAGAGAAACUUCUUCCAACCACCAACACAAGGCGGAAGUGGGUACGUUAGUAGCAACGACCGAAGAUAGUAAAAAUUCGCAUCGAGAAGUAGAAAGAAAAAGGCGAAUGACUAUUUCAAGUAAGAUUGAACAGUUGAGAGGCUUGCUACCUUCACUCCAUCAGACGCGCAAAGUGGAUGUCGUGUCUACUCUUUCUGCUACUGUCGAUUAUGUACAGUCUACUUUAUCAGAAAAUGAAAAAUUGAAGGCAGAAGUUGCAAAAUUGAGAGAAGAGAUGAAACAACUACAAGAACAAUUGAAAGAAUCUCGUUCUCUUAAAGUAGAACGCACUUUGGAAACUGCUAUUGCCGAAAAGGAUUCAGACUCUUGUAUUGCGUUGGAACAACAAAAGUUACGUUCCAGUUGUCCCUAUCGUGGCCCUUUAAAGAUUGAUUAUUCUUUUCCUUGGACUCGAUAUAUUCCACCCACUGCAUGUGACUUGAGACUUGCCAGUCCUGAAGAUUUGCAGAGGUCUUGUCAAAUAUUGCAAUUGUUAUCGACUGUAAAGAAUUGUUAUUCGUUUAUUUGUGAUAUACAAGGUCAUCUUGUUUGGCUGAGUGAUUCGGUAAAGGACGUAUUGGGUUACAAACCUGAAGAGUUGUUAGGUUCUGAUGUAUGGUCGUUGUUGCAUCCCGAAGAUUUAGAUGCAGUUUAUCCCAUUGUGCAGACCUGGCAUGAGAUAGGCUUUACUUCUUCUGUUCAUUUACGUAGGAGGAGAGAAGAUGGGUCUUUUGUGGAAUUGAAGAGUUGUUUUACUAAUUUACUAAGUAGUAGUGGUGAAGUGGAAGGUUGUGUCUGUAUAGAAACAAUGUUGGAAGGUUCUUCAGAUCGCUGGUUAGAAGCUGUUUACAGGAUGGAUUUGGAUGGCAGGUUUAUUUAUGCGAGUCCUUCAGUAGAACUUAUGACUGGAUAUCGAGUCGAGGAAAUGAUUGGUAGCCCAUAUACUUUUAAUGUACACUUUGAUGAACAAGAUUUGAUUCGAAACAAUUUGCAACGCAUCAUAUCUUCUUUUGAUAGACAAGACUUAGAAAGUCAAGUUGAAAAUAAGGCGGAAGAAGAAUCCGUUGCCAGUCGCUUAAAGAAUAAGACAAGUCAAACGAUACUUACAUGGUUUAGAAGAAUUGCCAAAUCUGGAGAUGAUAUUUGGUUGGUUUCGCUUACAGUUGCAGCUGUAGAUAAGCAAACUGGUCAACCCAACGGAUUCCUUUCCAUCGAACACGAUAUUACUAUGCAUGUACAACGAUGGGCUUCUGUUCUUCAUGAAAUGGCAGACAAUCAUAAUAGAAUUUAAGAUGUUUUCAUGUAUUGGAAAAAGGAGAAUAUUUUUCCACUUUCGAGUAAAUAACUUUUGCUUUUU